CGUAGUGCUCUCGCCUAGUCUACUGGAUCCGGACUGCAACGAGUGUAUUGAGUUGCCUUGUUCGCGGGGUCAGUCGUCCAUCCGUGAUACGGCAGUGCAGUCAUGGCAGAACCUAAGCCCGCAUCUAGCGGCCUCACGGACGAGUCCGCCCUCGCUUGCUGCUCUGACCCGGACCCCAGCACCAAGGAUUUUCUGUUGCAGCAAACCAUGCUUCGAAUUAAAGAUCCUAAGAAGUCAUUGGAUUUUUAUACUAGAAUUCUUGGAAUGACGCUACUCCAAAAAUUUGAUUUUCCCACUAUGAAAUUUUCUCUCUAUUUCUUGGCUUAUGAGGAAAAAAAUGAUAUCCCAAAGGAAAAAGAUGAAAAAGUAGCCUGGGUAUUCUCCAGAAAAGCUGCACUUGAGCUGACACACAAUUGGGGUACUGAAGAUGAUGAUACCCAGAGUUAUCAUAGUGGCAAUUCAGACCCUCGAGGAUUUGGCCACAUUGGAAUUGCUGUUCCUGAUGUAAACAGUGCUUGUAAAAGAUUUGAAGAACUGGGAGUCAAAUUUGUGAAGAAACCUGAUGAUGGUAAAAUGAAAGGCCUGGCAUUUAUUCAAGAUCCUGAUGGCUACUGGAUUGAAAUUUUGAAUCCUAACAAAAUGGCAACUAUUAUUUAAUUCUGUGAGAAUACUGCUUUGAGAUUUCAGGGAAGAUAUAUGGGAGGCAAAAAAAGAAGCAAUGUCAUCCAAGAUAUUCAAAUAAAAGGAACAUUUAGGAUUAUUGAAUUACCUCCCAAUUCAAAUUUGUUUUAAGUUCAUUUCCUUUUCCUAUUUUAGCUGUUUUUCACCUAACCAUUCUGUCAUUCUAGUUUUAAAGAUUCUUUGUCUUAUGCCCUUGGAUGUAAUUAUAGAACUUCAAUUUUUCAAGUAAUAAUUAGAGCAGUUCCCUUCAGAGGCUAUAUAUUCCUUCUAACUGUGAAAUAUGACUUCCCUACAAUUCUUUUGAUUCAUCACUUUGAUAUUUAGUAUGUUUUUGUUAUGGCUACCUUUUGGGGUUUCAGUUCCUCAGAAAUAACUUUUCACAGUGGAAAGUAAAAAGCACUGAAGAAAAAAAGAAAAAACCUCUCCUGGUACUUCAAAUGGUAUAAAGUGUUUAUUUUACAAAAGACGAGGCACACAUGGGAGCAAUUCAGAAUCAUGCUGACAAGGAUGUUGAGAGAAAAAUUAAUUCUUCUUAUUUAUAAAGUACUUGUAAAGUUCAAGGACUUAUCUCUUUAUUUGGGGAUAGUAAGUUGAGAGUUAUAUUUAGUGGGUAUUCAUACAUUGGACUAGGCCAUCACAUAUUUUAUUUCAUUUAAUCAACCUUCCCAAUUAUCUUCUAGGAAUGAAAGCAAGCUAGACUUGCAAAACAACUUUUAGUGAACUGAAAGCAAUAUUUAAAAUACUCAAGAUAACAUUUUUAGUGUUUAAAUUAUACCUUAACAAUUAGUACCUGACUGGAGAUCUGGAUCAGCUGGUAAACUGCAUACUUUGCAAACCUGAUGCCCCAGGUUUUGGCCUAAGAGGUAUUCUGAUCUCUUUCUUUAAGUAACUUUUUUUUUUCCUCCAGGGUUAUCACUGGGGCUUGGUACCUGCACUACAAACCUACUGCUCGUGGAGGCCAUUUUUCCCAUUUUUGUUGCCUUAGGUGCCCUUGUUGUUACUGCUGUGUUGAAUGAGACAGAAAUCGAAGGGGGUGGGAGAGAGCAGAGAGAAAGAUAGACACCUGCAGACCUGUUUCACUGUGAAUUGGGGCUCAAACCAGGAUUUUUGCAAAGGUCUUUGUGCUUUGUGCCCUGUAUCUUAACCUGCUGCGCUACUGCCCAGCACCCUAUUAAGUAAAUCUCUAAGAAAUAUUGGUACUUUGCAGUAUUUUCUUCAUCAAGAUCGUAAAACAAAAACAAAAAAAAACAACCUUCUAGGAGUAGAACAACAAAAAAAACAACCUCCUAGCUUCUAGGAUAGCGCAGCAGGUUAAGUGCAGGUGGCACAAAGCGCAAGGACUGGCAUGAUUAUCCGGUUCAAGUCCCCAGCUCCCCACCUGCAGGGGAGUUGCUUCACAAGCAGUGAAGCAGGUCUGCAGGAGUCUGUCUUUCUCUCCCCCUCUGUCUUCCCUUCCUUCUCCAUUUUUCUGUCCUAUCUAACAACGACAACAUCAAUAAUAACUACAACAAUAAAACAAGGGCAACAAACGGGAACAAAUAAAUUAAUAAUAAUAAUUUUUUAAAAACCCUUCAGUGAGUUUUGAGCAUUGUCCUUUCAAUUCUUGGACCUGAGCACCAUUCUGAGGGAAAAAGCCAUGGAGAAAGUCUGUAGCACAUGAUCACUCUGAAAACACUUCUGCAGGUGGUGCUUAUACUACCUGUGCGGAGACCCUGUCCUAAGGUCUUCCUGAUACCAAUAAUCAUUUAGGAUAAACUGUUCAAUGACAAGAUAACUUACUUGUCAAAUCAGUCAAAUAGUCUUCCCUGCCUUAGUUGAUGUUUGUUGGACUUUAGAAAACCAAAUUGAUUUUAAAAUCUUUUUAUCUAAUUUUUUGUAGGCUCUAGUGAAGACCUUUGGGUAAAUCAUGUCAAUUAUACUUGCACUGACAGAAACAUUUUACAUUUCCUAAUUGUGGAUACAUAGAUUUACAUGAGAAAUUUACACAAAUAGGAGUA